AUGACGCACAGUCGACUGAAAGAGGCCGAGAGACAAGUGGACGAGCCGAACACGGCAGACUCAGCAGAGUCAGUGGAUGUUUCAGCUCUGACCAACAGACUGAAGGAAGCCGAACAUCGAUUGGAUGAACUGCAGAAACAAACAGCAGCUGUCAGCAGCUUGUCGUCUCAGGAUGAACAUCUGUCGGCUGUGAAGAGUCUCCUGCUGCAGCUGGUGACCAACAGCUCAGGUCAGACUGAUUCACUGCAGCAGCUACACUUCAGAUUCAACUCUGCUGAGAGUCAGAUCCAACAGCUGCAGACUGAAACCACAGACAUGUUGAACAGGCUUAGAGUCGGUGAGAAACAGCUGGAAGAGCUGAAGACAGAAAACACAGAUGUGUUGAACAGGCUGAGAGUCGGUGAGAAACAGCUGGAAGACCUGAAGGCAGAAAACACAGAUUUGCUGAACAGACUGAAAGUCAGUGAGAAACAACUGGAAGAGCUAAAGUCAGCAUACACAGAGGUGCUGAACAGACUGAGAGUCGACGAGAAACAGCUGGAAGAGCUGAAGACAGAAAACACAGCUGAGCUGACAGCUGUGACUCUCAGACUGAACUUCACUGAUCAGCAGGUGGAUCAACUGAAGACACAAAGUGCAGUUCAGACUGGUUCAGUUCAGCAGCUGCUGGUCAGAUUAAAUUCUGCUGAGCAUCAGAUUCAUCAGCUGCAAACUGAAACCACAGAUCAAAUCUCUAAACUGUUGAACCUGCAGAGAAAACUGAACACAAGUGAGAGUCAGCAGGGCGACGUGAACACAGAGGUGUUGAGCAGACUGGGAGUUGGUGAGAAACAGCUGGAAGAGCUGAAGACAGAAAACACAGACGUGUUAAUAAGAUUAAGAGUCAGCGAGAAACAGCUGGAUGACCUGAAGACAGAAAACACAGACGUGUUGAACAAACUGAGAGCUGGAGAGAAACACCUGGAAGAGCUGAAGACAAAAAACACAGAUCAAACCUCCCAACUGAUGAACCUGCAAAGAAAACUGAACAUGACUGAGAGUCAGCAGGACAAAGUGAACACAGAGGUGUUGAGCAGAUUCAGAGUCAGCGAGAAACAGCUGGAAGACCUGAAGAUAGAAAACACAGAUCAAACCUCCCAACUGAUGAACCUGCAGAGAAGACUGAACGUAACUGAGAGUCGGCAAGAUGACGUGAACACAGAGAUGCUGAGCAGAUUGAGGGGCAGCGAGAAGCAGCUGGAAGAGCUAAAGACAGAAAACACAGAUCAAACCUCACAACUGAUGAACCUGCAGAGAAAACUGAACAUAACUGAGAGUGAGCAAGACGACGUGAACACAGAGGUGUUGAGCAGACUGAGAGUUGGAGAGAAACAGCUGAAAGACCUGAAGAUGGAAAAUACAGCCGAGCUGACAGCUGUGACUCUCAGACUGAACAAAACUGAGCUGCAGUUGAGCGAACUGAGGACUCUGAACACAGUGCGAGCUGCUGAGCUGGUUUCUGUUUCAGAUCGACUGACAGCAGCUGAGAGAGACGCUGAAGAACUGCAGGUCAGACUGAGAGCUGAGGAGGCUGCAGCCAAUGAAGAUGAGCUGAAGGUGGCGUUUUCAGCCGGUCUGACAGAUUCAGGAUCAGUUGGUCCGUUUGAUGAAGAAACAACUCUGAUUUUCUCCAAAACCAUCACCAACAUCGGCCGAGCCUACGACCAGACUGCAGGUGUGUUCACGGCUCCAGUCAGAGGAGUUUACUUUUUCAGCUUCACGGCUGCAGAUUACCUCAAAGGCUACAUGGGUCUGUACCUGUACUGGAACAACCAGCCAGUUGUCUUCAACUUGGAGCUGAACGACCACGGCGGCUACGCCUCCACGUCCAACGCUGUGGCUCUGCAGCUGGAGGAGGGUGACCGGAUCCGCCUCAGCCUGCCGGCCAGCUACCGGCUCUACGACGACAACCGAAACUUCAGCGUGUUCUCUGGCUUCCUGCUGUUCCAGCUGUGA